GAGCAGCAGUGAUGAUGAUCAGCACCACUCUCAGCUACAUGCACACAUUGUGACAUCAUCAUGAUGACAUCACCACACUCCACACCUCUGGUAUAAGUUGCUGCGUUUCAUGUGUUUGUGCUCAUUUGAUCUGAGACGCCGAGACAGUAAGCAGCAUGAACAUGUUCUCCUGUUGGACUCUUCCAUCUGACCAAGACGAGCCGCACAGGCGGGUAAACGAACCGGAGAAGAAGGUAAAGAAGAGAAAAUGGUGGCAGAGACGCCAGAAGGUGGAGACGCAGAACAGGGAGGGUGAGGAGGGAAAUUAGGUAAAGGGUGAAGAGAUGGGGCAAGGAGUGGAGCAGAAGGUUUUAGAGGACCAGGCAGACCAAACACCAAAGAUGGAGAAGCAGCAGGUGGUUCUGGGAAAAAACAAACCUGAGAAGAAAGUAAAGAAGAGAAAAUGGUGGCAGAGACGCCAGAAGGUAGAGAUGCAGGACAGGGAGGGUGAGAAGGGAAACGGGGUAAAGGGUGAAGAGAUGGGGCAAGGAGUGGGGCAGAAGGUUUUGGAGGACCAGGCAGACCAAACACCAAAGAUGGAGAAGCAGCAGGUGGUUCUGGGAAAAAACAAACCUGAGAAGGUAGAGAUGCAGGUGGCCCCACGGGACCUGGUGGAAGAACCAGAACAGGUCGUUCUAAAGGACCAGAGGAGGAAACCAGUAGACAAGGUGGUUCUGGUUUUUGAGAUUGAGAUGAAGAAAUUAGAGCAGGUGGACCCAGUGGAGCAGGUGGACCCAGUGGAAAAACCUGACCAGGUCGUGAAAAAGGUAGAGAAACAGGUGGCCCCGCUGAACCUGGUUGAAGAACCAAAGCAGGUCAUCCUGAAGAACCAGUGGAUGGGACAUGUAAAAAAUAAGAUUCAUUGCAUAGAGAAUGAGAUAAAGAAGGCAGAGGGGCAGAUGGUCCAGCUGAACCUGGUGGAAGAACCAGAGCUGGUCAUCCUAAAGGACCAGGGGAAAGGACAGGUAAAAAAUAGGGUUAGUUUUAUAGAGUAUAAGCUAAAGAAGGAGGAGAGGCAGGUGGACCCAGUGAAUAAAACAGACCAGUUCGUGAAGAAGGAGGAGAGGCAGGUGGCCCCGCUGAACCUGGUGGAAGAACCAGACCAGGACAUGAAGAAGGAUCCAGCAGCUUUGGAGCACAAAAUAUGGAAACUGAAAGAGCAGAACCUGGAUAGAGGAAGCACUGAAGAUCCACUGAAGAACGUCUCCAAGGUGUCUUCAAACAAACCAGACCCCCAGCAGCUGCAGGACGACGUUCUUGUUCCCAUCGUCGAAGCCCAACCUGAAGAGUCCGGGGCUCUGAUGGAGAGCGCGUGUGAAGAUAAAGGUGUCCCGAUGCCGAAGUCGAGGAGAAUCAGCCUGAGAACCAAACGGUUCCAGUUCUUCAACGUCUGAAGCUGAGGUGGUGACGAUCCGGAGAUCAUCCAAUCACACGCCGACUUUUCCAACAUCAAAAUAACAAUAAAGUUUAAAAAUAAACAAUAAAAAUAAAUACA